ACAGCCGGAGAGCUGGAUUAGUACCUGAUUGGAGCCCGUAGCGACGAGAUGGCAACCACGGAACGGAAUUACCUACUGCUGUCGCUGGUGGUCAGCGCAUUAUCCGGAGUGGUCCUACGAGCAGACGCGGCGGCCCAGAUCAGCUUCGGCACCUGCACCCCACAGCAGAGCGACGAGCGCGGCCAGUGCGUCCACAUCACCAACUGCCCCUAUCUGGCCGACCUGCUGAAGGUGGAGCCGAAGACUCCUGCCCAGAUCCUCCUGCUCUCCAAGAGCCAGUGCGGCCUGGACAACCGAGUCGAGGGCCUGGUCAACCGCAUCCUGGUCUGCUGUCCGCAGAGCAAGAGGGGCGACGUCGCGGACCCACAGCCCCCGGCUCCCAAGGGGGAUGACCAGCAGCCGGGCAAUGUGCUGCCCGGGAACGAUGUGUGCGGCUUCCUGUUCGCCGAUCGCAUAUUUGGUGGCACCAACACGAGCCUCUGGGAAUUCCCCUGGAUGGUGUUGCUGCAGUACAAGAAACUGUUUUCCGAAACCUAUUCCUUCAAUUGCGGCGGCGCCCUGAUCAACUCCCGCUACGUCCUGACCGCCGGACACUGCCUGGCCAGCCGUGACCUGGACCAGGCCGGCGUCGUGCUGCACAGCGUUCGCCUGGGAGAGUGGGACACCAAGACCGAUCCCGACUGCACCACCCAGAUGAACGGGCAGCGCAUCUGCGCGCCCAAGCACAUCGACAUCGAGGUGGAGAAGGGCAUCAUCCAUGAGCAGUUCGCCCCGGCCUCGGUGGACCAGAAGAACGAUAUAGCGCUGGUGCGCCUCAAGCGCAGCGUCAGCUACACCGACUAUGUGCGCCCCAUUUGCCUGCCCACCGGCGACAUGAUACGGAACAACUUCGUCGACUACGGCAUGGAUGUGGCCGGCUGGGGACUCACGGAGAACAUGCAGCCCAGCCCCACCAAGCUGAAGAUCACCGUCAACGUGUGGAACCUGACGCGCUGCCAGGAGCAGUACAACACCUUCUUCAAGGUGAAAAUGGACGACACCCAGCUGUGCGCCGGUGGCCAGGCGGGCAAGGACACCUGUGGCGGCGAUUCCGGCGGCCCGCUGAUGGUCUUCAUCAACUCCGGUGGCCGGGAUGUCUUCUACAUAGCUGGCGUUACCUCGUACGGUACAAAGCCCUGCGGCCUCAAGGGCUGGCCCGGCGUUUAUACCCGCACGGGGGCUUUCAUCGAUUGGAUAAAACAGAAAUUAGAGGCAUAAUAAAUAAAAUUGCUAAUUUA